UAUUUAUUAAAGCAAUUUACUUGGUUUGGGUAACUAACUAAAACCAACUAUUUUUUCUUUUAAAUUGUUGAAUCCAUAUAUGGUCGUCUGCCACGACGAUGAAACCACCUGUCUGAUCCCCGAAUGAAUAACUUGUACAGCAGUUGAAUAGAUAGUUAUCACAAUGGCUCAGGAAUGUGAAGACAUAACAAGUCUAGCGAAGAGGGCGAGCGCUUUAUUUUUUCGGAGAUUCGAAUACGAAGGCACAGUUGUUGUCUGUUCCCCAGGAAGAGUAAAUUUGAUUGGAGAUCAUGUUGACUACAAUGGUGGCUAUGUUUUACCCAUGGCAAUACCAAUGGCCACUGUAUGUGUUGGUUCUCUGAAUGAAUUAUCAGUGUGUCGAGUAGAAACUGAUUCAACAAUUCAAGGGAUAGAUGACCCCAAAUAUGUUGAAUUUAACAUCCCAUCAGAAACCACAUCGCUUGAACCAGGAUCUCCUAAAUGGGCCAAUUAUGUAAAGGGUGUUAUAGCUGGAUUUCAUGCAAGUGUAAGCAAGGGUUUUGAUUGUGUAAUAGUUUCUUCUAUUCCUGUGGGAGCAGGACUUUCAAGCAGUGCAGCAAUAGAAGUUGCAAGCUAUACACUUUUGGAAGCAUUAUUUAAUAGCCCAUCAUCAAGUUCAAAAGAAAAAGCAUUGGCUUGUCAGAAAGCUGAACAUGUGUUUGCUGGAUGUCCGUGUGGUAUUAUGGAUCAGUUUGUAUGUACGUAUGCAGUUUCUGGGUGCGCACUUUUAUUAGAUUGCAAGGCCCUGGAAAGUCAAAAUGUACCAUUAAAUGAUCCGAACGUUUGUAUUUUGAUUAUUAAUUCGGGGAUCAAGCAUGAGCUGUCAGGAAGUGAAUAUCCCAUUCGCCGGGCACAGUGUGAAAAAGCUGCAAUCGCCUUGGGAGCUGCCUACUUGCGUGAUGUCAGCCGACAAACAUUAGAAGAAAAUAAAGAGCAGCUUCCCGAAGAAGUGUACAGGCGUGCACUCCAUGUUGUAAAUGAGACGGAAAAUACCCUGAAGUUCGUUGAGUUCCUCAAAGGAAAAAAUUACGUGGAAGCCGGCCAAUGUAUGUUACGAAGCCAUGAAUCUCUUAGUCAUCUGUACAAUGUUUCUUGCGUCGAACUGGAUGCAAUUGUGGAAAUAGCAAGUAAAACCGCGGGUAUCUAUGGAGCUCGAAUGACAGGAGGAGGAUUCGGCGGAUGUGUUGUUGCGCUGGCUGAGACUGAGAUGUCAUUAAGCGCGAUGGAAUCUAUUCGGAGUCAUUGCGAACUUCACAAUAUAUUUCCCAUUUCAUAUAUAUGCAAGCCUUGUGAAGGUGCCCGACGCCUAAAUUAGGCUGUCUGAGACGAUGAAGAUUUGUUUCCGAUUCUUUAAGGAUCGCAGCAUUUUGGAGAUGCCGUUCUCUUACCUCCUUACGCAGCUCAUUAUAUUGUUCAUGUAAAAACGUUUUCCAAAGUCCCUUAACAAUCUGUUAUCAAAGACAAGAAAAACGUCGAUUUGUUAUGAAUUUUUACAUAUACUACUACUACUAGUGGUACAUAUACUACUAGUGGUUACCUUGUUGGUCUGGGUAUUAUUUUUUAUAGCUUCGCUUUGGAUUUGCUUCUGAAAUCGCAAAAGGUUGUCCUUUUGACGACUUUCGGUAACGAACUGCCGGUGAUGGGCAAUGUGUGCUUGAUUGAAUAAUGUCGAAGUGGUGGUGGCUUUUUGACGCAGACCAGCAGCUUUAACUAAUUUCAUUUCAAGCUCCUCUCGGUUUUUAAUCUGUUAAAAAACAAAGGAGAUAAAGAGAUAAGAAUCUAACAAAAUGUCGCAGUACAAAAUUAUGAAACCUGUUGUUUUGUUUCCAAAAACUGUCUGUUAAUCCUUUUUUGGAUUUCAGUUGCGGAUUUUCUCUUAGCGACUGCUAAACCAAUCAACCGUUUUUCCUGCUCUUGGCUAUGUUUUCCCAGCAUUCGAAUUGUUCUAGGGGACAAAUUGCAUUGGCCAAUAUUUUUUUUGAUAAAAUGCAUCAAAUUUGAAUUUUCCACUGAAAAAUUGUUAACUUCAACAUCUUUUCUCAUAUUGUUUGAUUCCACCAAUUUUAGUAAAAUUCGUUCAUAUCUUUCUAUGUCUUUGGCUGACAAAUUUUCGACAUUCUUCAGUCUAUUUUUAAUAGUUUGAAUGCUUUCCUCCUCCUCCUCUUCUUCACUUUCCCAAUUGUGACAGUACUGAUGACUGGCUGCCGAACUGGAUUUUUUGGGUGUUUGGUUUCUGAGAUGUAUUUUCCUAGAACUGCUUGAAACAACUUGAAACCUUUUUCCAGGA